AAUUGUCCAUUUAUGGCGAUAAUACAAAUUUUAUUAAAUUUAUUUAUAAUGGUAACAGCAAAUGCAAAAUGGUUUGCUUCAAUGAAGUUCGAUCCACCAUAUAUUCAUGAUCUUAUUGUUGGCAAAAAUAGAACUGUUGAAUUGUUGAUUGAUAUGAAUACGGAAUAUGAGCAUUACUCGCACCAUAAUGCAUGGAAAGUUAAUAUCAAAUCAAGUGAUGAAGGCAUUGCUAUACCUGUGGAAACAGAGAAAAGAUUGACUUUAAGUGAUUUUCGUAAAAUUAAUGGUCUUCUCAAUUAUAAAUACAAUGUGACGGUUACGGGUUUAUUUCUGGGAAAGAUUUCGAUGAAAGCUUCUUUCAAAUUGGCAAACGAUAGUUUAUCGGAAAAUGAUGAUCCUUUUGCUUAUGAAAUAGAAAAGGAUGUCACUGCUGAGCUUGAUGUUUGGGUAUCUCAAGAUAGCAAGCGACUCGUUAAUCGAAUUUUUCUUUCUACACUGAUUAUAUUAAUUGUUAUUGCGAAUGUGUUGAUGGGCUUCGAGUUGGACACAAAUAUGGUUUUAUCGGCAAUAAAAAUCCCAGUCGCACCGUUCAUUGGCUUUUGCACUCAGUUUCUAGCAAUGCCGUUAUUGUCUUUUGCAAUCGCGAACGUCGUUUUUCUUCCAUAUGGUUUGCAUUCAUUCGCACUUGGUCUUUUCGUUACCGGAUGUGCACCUGGUGGUGGUGCGAGCAAUUAUUGGACCGUUUUACUUGAUGGAAAUCUGGCUGUAUCAGUGACAAUGACCUUUAUCAGUUCACUAGCUGCACUAUUUAUGAUGCCAUUAUGGAUUUACAUGCUGAGUUCACAUUUUUUACAAGAUUAUCAUCCUGAAGCCAAUAUCACCAUACCAUAUUGGAAAAUUGUUUCCUCAUUGCUAACGAUGGUUAUACCUCUUAUUAUCGGAGUAAUGCUUGCACGAUGGAAGCCCCAUUGGCAAGAGAAAGCCAAAAAGAUUUCUCGACCUUUUAUUAUAUUCGUUUUAAUAUUUUUAAUCGUCUUUGGAACGAUAGCAAAUUUAUAUAUGCUCCGAAUAAUCACAUUAAGGGCUGUUUCCGGCGGCCUUUUAUUGCCAUGGUGUGGUUUUGGAAUAGGCUGUCUUGCUGCAAUCUUUCUGCGCCAGAAUCCUCCUAAUGUCACUGCUAUUUCCAUUGAAACAGGGAUUCAAAAUACGGGUAUCGCGAUCUUUCUUCUUAAAAUUUCUUUUCCUGAUCCGGACGCAGAUAUUAGUGCUUUAAUUCCUGUUAUUGCUGCAAGUAUGACACCAAUACCUUUGUUAAUGGCUGUCGGCGUGCAUUCCUUGAUAAAAAGGUUUAAACAUCGUCAUAUCGGACGCGAUAAUCUUGAACAGUCCAGAAAUAAAGAAAAAAUUGUAACCAUAUCUUUUGUGGAAAAGAAGUCCCACGAAGUAAAUCCAUUAAUGAACUUGUCUGUUAUGUCUGAUGCGUCACCUUUAAAAUAA